AUCCUGCUGGCGGAAAGUGUCGAGUGUUUUAUACUGUAUUGCUCCCCAUCAUGGGCGCUUGUCUGGGAGUGUGCUCUUUGCUCAGCUGUGCUUCCUGCCUUUGUGGUACUGCACCAUGUCUCCUAUGUGCCUGCUGUCCAUCUACAAAAAGCUCCACGGCAACACGACUGACAUUCUCCAUAUUUCUUCUCCUUGGAACCCUAGUGGCCUGUAUCAUGAUCAUCCCAGGAGUGGAAACUGGACUUCAAAAGAUACCAUGGUUCUGCUCCACUUCCACCACCAUUGCUGGUUCCGUGCAGUGUGAUUCUAUUGUUGGUCAUGAAGCUGUGUAUCGCAUGUGUUUUGCCCUGGCUGCAUUUUUCUUCCUAUUCAUGCUAAUAAUGAUUUGUGUACAGAGCAGCAGGGAUCCACGAGCGUAUGUGCAGAAUGGGUUUUGGUUUUUCAAGUUCCUUAUACUAGUUGGGAUCACAGUUGGAGCAUUUUUCAUUCCUCAUGGCACUUUCACAACUGUGUGGUACUAUUUUGGCAUGGUUGGAGGGUUUAUAUUUAUUAUUAUCCAACUCAUCCUCAUCAUUGACCUUGCCCACUCCUGGAGCCAGUCCUGGCUUAAUUUGGCAGAAGAUGGUAACACCAAGUGCUGGUAUGCAGCACUUCUGAUUUGCACAUUCCUUCUGUAUGCGGCCUCUAUCACAGCCAUUGUGUUCCUGUACAUUUAUUACACCAAACCAGAUAACUGUACUCCCAACAAGGUCUUCAUCAGUCUCAAUCUGAUCUUCUGCGUCAUAGUUUCCAUAGUGUCAAUACUACCAAAGGUCCAGGAUGCACAACCUCACUCAGGAUUAUUGCAAGCUUCUGUUAUUACCUUAUACACCAUGUUUAUCACUUGGUCUGCAAUGGCUAAUGUACCAGAACAGAUUUGUAACCCCACCUUGCUGGCUAUUGUAAAUAAUAGUACUUCCUCCAACACUCCUUCCAUGUGGUGGGAUGCUCCAAGCAUUGUGGGUCUCGUUAUCUUCAUCCUCUGCACACUUUUUAUUAGCUUGCGCUCUUCAAACAACACCCAAGUCAACAAGAUGAUGCAGACUGAAGAUGGCUCUGGAGAAAGUGGGGUUCCCAUCACUGAAGAUGGGAUGCACAGAGCAUAUGAUAAUGAAGAGGAUUCUGUGUCGUACAGUUACAGCUUUUUUCAUUUUUGCCUUUUCAUUGCCUCACUAUACAUUAUGAUGACCCUAACCAACUGGUAUCUGCCUGGCCAGUCUGGUCAACCAUUGACCAGUCCUUGGUCAGCAGUGUGGGUGAAGAUCGCCUCCAGUUGGGUUGGACUCCUUCUUUACUUGUGGACUCUUAUUGCCCCUUUGGUACUAUCUGACCGAGAAUUCAACUAAAUGUGGGAUCUUCAAAUUAUAUCUCUGGAACUUUUGUCUGCCCUUAUUUAGUGUUCUCUUCUAGCAUUGUUGAUUAAGUUUUUUAAGAUGCAAAAUGGUAAUUGGACUUCAAUUUAAUAUGCAAUAUACGUUGGACUCUAUAGUAAGGAAAUUGCAUGCAAGAUCAAUGCAGAUUGUAAGUACUGCGGAGAAAAGGAAAAGCAUGUGCUUUAUGAUCAGAAAUAUAUCCACCUGUAAUUUUUUCCUCCUGUUUUUUAAAAUGCAUAAAUUGUAAUUAUGUUUGAUGUCAUGGUCUUUAAAAAUUGGUCUUUAUUUGUAGGUCAACUUCAUGCUUGUAAAUAACUGUACAAUGUUCUAUUUGUUUAUCACAUACUUAUUUAAAUUUAGUAGUUUCCGUUUUUUAGGAAGCAAAGUGCUGUCAGUUACCAUUGUGUGCCUUCCGCAGUGCUUUAAUGGGUCUGAAUCUUGAUACCUACCUCUUCUUUCUGGGCUGAGAUUUAUUUUUUUAACUAACUACCCAGCACAGCACAGUCCACAAUCCCUUUUUUUUUU